AUACCAUCUGCAUUCGCUUCGGAGUGGGCCGUGAAGGCAUUGAGCUAAUUCUACGAUUCUGUGAUGGAGUUUUGCUUCACUUCAGGUUUUAGGUCAUGUCAACAAACCACACGUGACUCGAUGUCGAAUUAUCUUCAUCGCAACUGUUUCUCCAUGGGAACCAAGUUAUUAUGUCGAUGUCGAACUUGUGAAUAUCUGAAAAUGUCAACGAGUUAACAUGUUAGGCCAAAAAUUUAAAAUCCUAUUGGAAUCAUUAUGAUGCAUCUAUUUUUCGGUUGGGUUUGUAGAGCUAGAUUAAUGAUUAAUCUCAUACCAAUUUGUUGAGGCAUUAGCAAUUUGAGUGGAAAAAUAUGGUUGGAAGUAAAUGAUACCAACAAUUAGUUACAAUUUUCAGGCUGAGUUGAGCUUCAAAGUUGGAUGUGUUUAUAAGAUGGAUCAUAGCUAUCUAAUUUCAAAUUUCUAAUACUCUGCCCGAUUGGAAACUUUACCUAUUCAUUAUUGACCCAAUUUUAGACAUAUUGGGAUUGUUCUUGCUUCUUGUUAACGGGAAAUCUGAUUGAAUCAUGAAUGCUGCUUUUGAUGAGUAUCAGUUCUUCCCUUCAUUCCCAUCUUUCUUCCAAAGUUGGUCUCUUGUAUAUUUUAAGUUUACUCCAACCUUUUAAGGAAUACGUUAUACUUUGAAUUUAUUCUAUUUUAGUCUCUGUAUUGUAUUUUCAUUACAUCGUGAACUUAUUUUUCUCUUUUUCGAAAGAGAUAAAUUUGUAUAUUGCCAACUCUACGAGCAACAGCCUAUAAAAUGCUCAUAAGAGAGGGCUGAAACUCAUAUUAUUACAAAGGUAGAGAAGUGAAUAUCAAAGCAUGGCAAAAUGUGGUAUGAGCAUUACCGCCAUUGCUGUAAGCUUCCUCAUCCUCCUCCAUCUGCCAUCUCUUUGUACUGCAAGUAUCAGAGAAUCAGUCCAUUUCAUUCCCCCAUCAGAUGUUGAUCUUUUAGAAUUCCCUCUGAAUUUAGAGUACUUGGAAGCCGAAUUCUUCUUAUUUAGCUCUCUGGGACAUGGUUUGGAUAAAGUUGCACCAGAUUUAGCCAUGGGAGGGCCAUCGCCUGUUGGUGCUCAAAAGGCCAAGUUGAGCCCCUUCAUCAAGGACAUCAUCACGCAAUUCGCCUACCAAGAAGUUGAUCACGUGAGGGCCAUUAAAGAUACAGUGAAAGGAUUUCCAAGGCCAUUGCUGAACUUGAGUUCAGAAUCAUUUACCGAAGUGAUGGAUAGAGCCCUUGGCUGUUGGACGAACCCACCUUUCGACCCAUAUGCUAAUGACGUGAAUUUCCUUCUCGCUAGCUACAUCAUUCCUAAUAUUGGACUCACUGGGUAUGCUGGAGCAAAUCCAAAGCUGAAAUCUGCUGCCUCCAAGAAGCUUGUUGCAGGUCUUCUAGGAAUCGAAUCGGGUCAAGAUGCAGUGAUCAGAGCUCUUCUUUAUGAACAUGCAGGGGAGAAGGUCGAACCAUAUGGAGUGACAGUGGCGGAGUUCACGGAGCGCAUUUCAGAACUGAUGAAUAAGCUAGGACAUGCAGGCACAAAAGAUGAAGGCAUUGUGGUACCCAAAGACAAUGGUGGCACUGUGGCACCCAAAGACAAUGGUGGCACUGUGGCACCCAAAGACGAGGGUGCCGAGGGUAAGACUUCAGGGAACGUGCUUGCUGGAGAUGAGUACUCACUCGCAUACGCGAGAACCCCCGAGGAGGUUCUAAGGAUUUUGUAUGGUGAGGGUAAUGAGCAUGUUCCUGGGGGUUUCUAUCCGAAUGGUGCCAAUGGUCGGAUCGCUAAAUGCCACUUAGCGACCAAGACACACAGCAAAUAAUGCUCUGCAGUUGCUUUCUAUUUCUAGAUCACC